AUGACUCAGAGGCUAACAAGAUUAAAAAAGGGAGACGUUAACGAAAAAACUGUAAACGCAAUAUCAGGAAACGAAAUACGGCCGGCACACGAAGAAACGAAAAAAAAACAAUCUCUUUAUCUUUUUCGAAGAG